AUGGGGAAAUGCAGGAGCACCCUCCGAGAGCGCCUCGCACGCGCCAUCGCCAGACCACCGCGCAUCCCGGUAAGCAAGCGACCGUUCGAGGCGACGGCCCGCCCGUCGCAACCGAAGCAGCCGAACGACCAGGCGACCGACCAACCACCCGCCUCCGGCCAGGGAGCGCCCGCUCCGACGCCGCAAGCAACCCGACGGCCGCCGACCAUCCGCCAACGGACCGUCCGCUCACGGCAGGAACGGCUGUACGAUCCAGCUCCGGACAACGUGGCCACCGCUCGCCAAGCCACGCUACUGGCAACAUUCGGCUCGACGCUCUCGGACCUCGACGACGACGACGACAACGAGGUAACCGCAGAGCACGUGACACCCGCACCAGCACCCAUGCCGGACAUCGCGUCCCUAACAAUCACGGAGCCCAGCACGGCCCCGCCAGAGGACAUCUCGUCAGCGCCACCGUCACCAUCGGUGCUGCCGACACCGCCGCCAACACCGCUGCCGACGCCGCCAGCUCCGCUGCCAGCACCGGGGUACUUCACCGGGCCCCCACCACCAACAACCGCCCCGACGGCAUCACCGCUACCCGGACCGCUGAUCCCGCUGGCUGCCAUCAUCCCGGAGGGACCCUUCCCCGAGGACGCCCUCCGUACCGUGCCGUGGGACCGCAUCCGUCCGGGACAACGAUACCGUCACCACGGGCAUAAAAUCAUUGUUCGGCGCCGUCGCGACGGGUCAUGGCUAGUGAAAUAA